AUGCGCUUCGUCAUCUUCUUGCUAGCCCUCUCGUCUUCCCUUGCUCGCGCCAUUGCGUCGACCGACUCGAGCACCGAGCUUGGGAAGCGCGAGCUGGAACCCAGAUUUGGCCUUAACGAAGGCUUUGACGUUUCGCUGGCGCAGAGGCAGAAGCACCGGCCCUCGCGCCUACACGGUCAUAAGUCAUCCCUGGCUCGAAACCCGCUCUCCCAAGAUGGAAUGACGCCUAUAAUCCCGCAAUGCUCCCCGGAAAGGCCCUGCGUCGACCAUGGUCGCAAUCAAGGCCAAUUUGCCUAUACCACCGCCAAAGACAAUAUACUCAUCACAAAGGUGCCUGCAAUACGCCAUGCGCCGGCCGAGUCUGCCUCAAUAGAUCUCAACUUUGUCGACGUUCAGACUGGGCCAAUCACAUCGUACGGCGGAGACCCAAGAGCCCAGGAGGCGUGCCACUAUCAAGACUGGCAACCACUCCCACACCAGUUCAUGGCCGCCAUUGGCGAAUCCAGGUGGGCCGGAAGCAGGGGCUGCGGCACCUGCAUCCACUUGCAGGGAGACCACCAAGAGGGCUAUAUCCACGUCCGCAACAGAUGUCCAGAGUGCGGCAAAGGUUUGGACUUGUACGAAGAGACGUUUCGUGCACUGAUGCGUGGGGGAACAUCGCAAAAGAGGCCGCGAAAAUGGCGCUUUGUCAACUGCAGUGUCAUUUUCACAGGCGGUCUUGUUGUACGCCUGCACGAAAGCCUCAACCCCUGGUAUGUCCCCUUUCAGAUCCGCAACAGCUUCAAGCCCGUCAUGGCCGCAUACUUCAGGCGGGUCGGCACGGAGAAGUGGCUUCGGGCAGACAUGGACGAGACAUACAACCACUUUCUUCCUAAUCUUCACGGCGUUCGAAUCGACGAAAUGGAUAUCUUGAUCAGGGCUUUCGACGGCGAGGUCAUCGUCGUAAGAGGACUCAAGCUUCUGGCUAAACAUCAUUACCAGCUUGCCAUCAACUUCUCCAAAGAUUCGCCCAUUGACACUACUUUCACUCCGUAG